AUGGUGCUGCGGGAGCCGACGGAGGUCGCGCGGGCGCGCAAAGCGGCAGCCGAAGAGGCCAACCGCGCGCGCGUCGCCGCGCGCCGCGAGGAGGCGGACGAGAAGAAGCGGAUGAAGGGCAAGAACAAGCCCUCGCGGCGGCAGCGGCGCAAGCAGAGCAACGUGAUAGAGGACAAGAAGCCCGCGGUGCUGGCGCGGAUGAAGGAGGAGGAGGAGCGGCGGAAGGAGGCGGCGGAGGAGGAGAGGCGGCGGAAGCUGGAGGCUGUGCCAAGGGCGCUGCAGCGGUUUGCAAAGUGA